AGUGUUGUCCGAACCGCGAGAGUGGUGAUACGACCGCGUGAGAAUUCACGAUCGAGCUUUUUACGCGUGCUGCUGAAUAUCAUUUUCGGUUUAUUUAUAUCGCUAGUGUGAAAAUAUGGAUUUGAGUCCCAAUUGAACUGAGAAUAUUCUGUGAAUAAGUGAAACUGUGAACGUUAAUCCCUUCAGGACGAUAUUUAUAGAAAUUUGAAAAAAUAAAAAUGUGUUUUGUGAUGUAGGUUUGUCUAAUAAUGAAGUACUGUACAUACAUGUCAAAAAGCUUUUAAACUUUCGGAACCAACAAUGUUAUAUAGUUGCCAUAGGAAGAAAUAAAGAGACUGCCACCGAAAAUGUUAAUCAAUAUAGUGAAAACAGUGAUAUGUUUCUACUUGUGCUUUUCCGUGACAACGUCUUACAUAUACAAUAAAAACAGUGAUCGAACUCAGAAAAAGCAAUAUCCGAAGACAAUCGCGUCGUACCACGAUAAUAGUAACAAUUACAAACAGUCUAGAUAUUCGAAAUUCGAUAAAGUGAUGACUCGUAUUAAUAAACUAAUCGUGGAAGACGACGUUUCGAACGAUGGGGCGUACAGAAUCAGGCACAAGGGGUGGGGUGGCCGAAAGGUGGUUAGUACCACGCCUAGCACCACCACUACCACGGAGAUGGACUUGUUCGAGACCUAUGGGGAGUUGGAGAAUGAAGAUGAGUUUGAUGACUACGAAGACUCCUUGGAUGAUGAGGAUGACGAAUUAGAUUACGCAGAUGAAGACGGUGAUCCCGAUUCGGAUCCUUUCUUCGACUCUUUAGAUGAAGACGUCCAAGCAGAAGAACCUACGGAGAAACCAUCCAGUACUUUACCGCCAGUAGUAAGACCAGUCUCCAGGUUGACAGAAUGGAAAUGGAACACCUUGGGUACGAGGGAGAAGGUUCAGGAGUCCAUGAGGCAGCAGCUGAAUUUAAAACCAUCAAAAGAACAGUUGAAAGUGAAAGCCGUCAUAGAACACUAUGCGCGAGUGAACCAGCAGUCAAAAUGUCUUACACCGUUGCCCAGAGUCAUCUCUGUCCAACAAGAGCACCCAGAUCCAACCAGGACUUACAUCCCGGCUUGUACAGUCCUUCAUAGGUGCGCAGAAGACUCUGGGUGUUGCAAGAGGGACACCAGGUGUCAGUAUAAGACAAGGGUCUUAGUUUCUCUAUAUUUUUAUGCGAAAUAUGUAGGCCAGGAUCACAAUACCAUCGAAAGGUUGGAUUUCUAUAACCACACAGAGUGCGAAUGUAAGGACAAGACCGAAUACAUUCCCCUGGAGAGUGAAAAAGAUCCUGAUUUCGGUGCCAAAUCCCUCAUAGAAUAUAAUCUCACGGCGGAAUCCACUAACACAAGGUGCAACUGCCCGAAGCCGUUCCAAUCAUUUUUAUCAUUACAAAAGUGCAGUUGUGACUGCGACAAAUCCGACCAAGACUGUAUUACACUCAAAAAAGGAAAAGAGCAUUUCAGCAUGACGAACAGAAUAUGUAUCCAAGACAACCAAUGCGGCUUGCCAGCGUGCGAAUACGGAGCCUACAUGUAUACAGAGGGCAAAUGCCCUUCUAAGCAGGAUCGACUAGAAGAAUUUCGUAAUAUUAGGUUCGAAAACUAAAUCAAUGGAUCCAUAUAGGUCAUUUAAGAAGCUACUACCGUUUAUAAUCUAGGCAAACUUAGCGAAUGGUUUAUUUAAUUUAUAUUUUAGAGUGUCUAGUCUACUAUAUGUAUAUCUUCUUUUGUACUGUUAUCUUUUAGAAAAUUUGUACAACUACAAUCAAUGUUACUUCAAAAAUGUAUAGUUAAGAAGAAAUAGCAAUAAUUUGAAUAUAUAUUUUUUAUAAACCCCAGAUGCAAAACCUAGCAAAUCACUCAUCUAGGACAAGGUUAGAACAGGAAAACUAUUGGUUUUUAAAGAUUCUCUAGUAUGUUGACCCCCCUAGCUUAUCUUCCUAUUACUCUUUUCCUAAACAUUCAAUUAAACAAACAAUAGGUACUUGUCUUAAAUGCUUAAGAAAUAUCAUACGUGUCAUCCACAAGAUAAAUAGACUUUUAUUAAACAAACCAUAGACAUGAGUCUUUCUUCUUUUGGCAUCAAAACCAUGGAUGGGUAUUUACCUGUCUGGAUAUGUUAUUCUAUUCAGACCUCUCUUGUGCUCUUCUCCUCCAUUGUCUUGUAUUGAUAGUUUUUAGGUCGUCUUUCACAUCAUCCAACAAUCCCGUUCUGGACCUUUCUUUUUUUCGUCUUUCUAUCGGCUUCCAUUGUAAUUGUUGUUUUUGUAUUUUCUUGUCUCUGGACAUGUGCCAUCCAUCACUUCUUUAAAUUUUCACAAAUCUUACAACAUAGAUAAACAGGAUUAUAAUAAUUAUAGACGAAGAGCUAGAGCCGAAAAAUCAUCGUCAUAAGUAAUAUGGAGUUUGGCAUGUGAAAUGUGUCUAUUGUAUAUUAAUAAUUAUGACCCGUUUCAGGCUGACACCUCAGUUGAUACAGGAAGUAGCAAUAAGGGAUGAAAGGGGAAAGUUAGUGCAGUGAUUAAAGGUUUUCAUAAACGUAAACCUCCAUCGAUUUGCAUGAAAAUUGGUGAUUAGUUAGAGCAUACUUCAAGAAACAAAACUAAUUUGGUAAUAACUUGCGCUUUUACCCUGGAGGUGGAUGCCUCCCAUAGGCGUAACCAGGAUGAUCCUAAGGGGGGGGGUUACAACUACCUGAAAGGGGGGGUUACAACUACUGGAAGGUCUCUGAGGGCUAUGGUGUUAAGCGUAUAGAGCUCAAAGUACAUCCCAAUGGGGGGGGGGUUACAACCCCCAAAACCCUCCCCUGGUUACGCCUAUGAUGCCUCCCCUUCUCGGGAGUAACAACUAUAUUAUUAAAAAUAUCCGAAUUAAUCGAUAGAGGGACAAAGUUUUAGCAAAAUUUGUAAUAUCAAGUUAUUAAAAUAAAUCAAUACUUUUUGAGUUAUUAAAGAUCAAAAAUUUGAAUUUUUCGUAAAGCGGUUUUUCAUAAAAAAUUCAAAAAAUGUAAGUUUUAACAAAAUAGUUAUAAUUACCAAAAUUGAAGUUAAUAAAAAAUCGAAUAGAUUCUUUACGUGAAAGACCUUUUAGAAUUAAUUAAAAGUGAGUUAUAAUUGAUUGAAUAUAUAUUUUUUUCGGCUAGUAUUGAAAUCUAAGUAUUCAUGCUUAAAUAACGGGAAAAAUAUGCAUUUUAUAAAAUACACUUACUAAAUACUUGUCAAAGUACUCAAGAAUACCUAUCAAGUGAGCUCCAGGUGAAGUUGAUAACAUCAAAGCUAAGCAAGUGAUGAUGAAAAUAAGAGAACCCUCUCGAAUUUUUUAGGAAAAAGUGAAAAUUAAAACAUGUUUAUAUAUUUAUUUUGAAAUUAGUUAACAGAAUAAUUCUUAAAGGAAUUUCGGGAAUGAAGUUAGGAUUAUAAUUUAAUAAUUAAAAUAACAAGUUUUUUUAUUACAAUUCAAAUAUAACAAGCUAAAAAUGCGAGCAUUAUUAUAAGGAAAACUUCGUUUAUUUAUGUAUUUAAAUUCCUAAUAUGGAUAAAUGCUAUAAUGAAAAGUUGUUUAGAAUUAAAAGUUAUGUUUUAAUGUGCAAUUAUAUCCUUCUAUUUAUAUAUUGUGAGCUAUAAAGGUACUUUACUGAGCGAAUUUCUUGAGCAAAAUUCAUAUUUUUUUACAUACCUCGACUAAAAUCGAUACAAUUUUAUAUAGAUAAUAGUAUAUAUGAUUGCAUCUUGGAUUUUAGACCAUGCAGAUCUUUUUAGGAAAAAUUAUUUUUGUGCGUAAAAUUAAACAAAAGAUUUAUAAAUGAAAACGAUGAUGGAUAUCUGUAAUUUGAGAAAAAAUAUAAAUAUUUUUUUUCAUUAGAAGAAUGUAAUAAUUACAUUAUUAUAAUAAUUAUUAAUUAAUUAAUUAGGAUGAUUACAAUUAUUGCAUAUAUUAGAACAUAGUUUUUAAUUCCAAACAAUUUUUCGUAAUAACAAUAAUUUACGAUAUUGUGAAAAAUAAAGGUAGUUUACUCUUGAACUAAAUUCAUAUUUUUUAAAAUACCUAGUAUAAUAUAGAUAAAAUUUGCUAUCUGAUGGUUGACUCGUAGGUUUUAGACGAUGCAGAACUUUUUAUGAAUUAUAACUUUAUUUCGUAAAAUUAAAAAUAAAAAAGUGUCCCGUAAUAUAUGUGUCCAACUUAAGUAGACACACUGUAUAUAAUAUACAAUAUAAUAUAUCUACAUAUUUGUAAACUAAAACAAAAUUUUCGUUGAAAAUACUAUUAAUUUUUCACUUUCGCUGUACCAUUCACUAAAAUCGUUAUCAUACUUAUUUUCAUCAGAUAGUUAUGCUCAGAUUGUGGUUUUUGAGAUAUUUAUGAAAAACCGCAAAUUUUUUAUCUUUAAUAACUCAAAAAGUAUUGAUUUAUUUUAAUAACAUGAUAUAACAAAUUUUACUUAAAAUUUAUCCCUCUAUCGAUUUGUGGGGUUGUUUUUAAUAAAAUAGUUUUCACCCCCGAGAAAGGGUGGUAUCCACCCCCAGGGUAAAAGUGCAAGUUGGCGUCAAAUCAAUUUUGUUUCUUGAGGUAUGCCCUAACUAGUCACCAAUUUUCAUGCAAAUCGAUGGAGGUUUAAGAAAAUAGGGAGGUGAAAACCUUUAAUGACUGCACUAACUUUCCCCUUUCAUCCCUUAUUGCUACUUGCUGUAUCCACUGAGGUGUCAGCCUGAAAGGGGUCAUAAUUAUCAAUAUACAAUAUACACAUUUCACGUGCCAAACUCCAUAUUACUUAUGACGAUGAUUUUUCGGCUCUAGCUCUUAGACUAUUAGUAAAUUAGUGCGUUACUGAUGUAAAUGGUAGAGUUAUUACUGUAUGACGGAUGCUCUAUGAUUUUGAUAAGUUUCACCACCAGUCAAAUCGUGAGUGGAUUUUUUUCUCGUUAAUUUGUUAUACAGAAACAAAUACACUCAGAAUUGUAAUACAUUGUCGAUUACAUGUUUCAUUACCAUUUCUUCUCAUUUUUUCUUACAGCCGAUUGCUUUUCGGCACAUAAUCAAGUUUCAUCGAAUGUAUUUAUAGUACAUAAGUCUCUUUUAUUCAAACAAAAGUCUUAUAUUUCAAUCAUUAAUAUCAUUUUAUCGAUUACACGUAGCUAGUUCUAGAUGACUAUAUAUUUAACAUUUUACUGAUUGUUCUACAGUGAUAUCUCUUACUUAAGAAAUGUUAAAUAGGUACGUUUGUGGAUUUUUGGUAUUUUGUUCAAAGGUAUUUAAUUUUUAAAUGACUCAUCAUCAUGCAGUGGCGUGUGGGGUGUAAAGGAAAUGCCAUGUAAAUAAUUUUAAAACUAAACUAAAUUUACAAUUAACAUGCAGUAGAAAUAAACAAACCAGGACACGUUAAAUGUUACAAGGAGCACUCCUGAAUCAUAUUUUCCAUUUUAAACUUUGUAAACCAUAAUUUGGGAUUAACAAUGUACAUACAUUGCAAAUUAUGAUUUGGGAGUGCUCCUAGUAACAUUUAACAUGUCUUGGUUUGUUUAUUUCUACUGCAUCUUGAUUGUGAAUUUAGAGUAGACGGUUGUAGGUUCUUCGAAUUAUUUUAGAAAUGUAUAAAAUAUUUAUUAGUGUCCUUAGGAUUAUAAAAUGCCCAACUAAAUAGAAUUAAUUAGUUGGGCACGGCCAAAAUGACUCUAUCGUCUGAAGAUUAGUGCGUUAUUAUUAUUACCAUUCCUCUUCUUCAAGUACCUUCUCCGUAGCGAAUGUUGGCAAUUUUGAUUUUGCUUACGGCUCUUCUGAAUAGUUCUACCGAUGUGAACCCGAACCAUUUCUGCAGAUUUUGGCGCUACGGCUCAUCAUGGCUAUGGCUCAUCAUCAUCAUCAUCAAUGGCGCUACGGUCCUAUGAAAGAGCCUCGACCUUUUCAAGUCUAUUACGCCAGUCAGUCCUAUCCAUUGCCAACCGUAGCCAGUUGGCUGCGUCUAUUUUUCUCCCAUCCUCAUCUACACCAUCUUUCCAUCUGAGUUUUGGCCUACCCUUUUUCUGCUUCCCACAGGUUGUGACAAGGAUUCUUCUAGGAGGGUUGUUCUGCUGUGAUCUUGCUAGAUGUCCUGCCCAUCUCAGUCUUCCUAAUCUUAUAAGAGAUACUACGUCUUUACCACUAAAUAUAUAUGUUUGUAUCUGUGAUAUACCUCGUAGUUGUACCUCCUCCUCCAAACGCCAUUUUCACAGAUGCCACCGAAUAUUCAUCUCAGGAUCCUUCGUUCAAAUAUGAGCAGAAGGUUUUCAUCUCCUUGGAGAUGGUCCAUGUCUCCGAUCCAUAUGUCAACUCUGGUUGUAUAAGGGUUUUGUAUAUGGUUAUUUUUAUUCUUUGGCUUAAGUUUCUGCUUCUCAUAUGUUUACUCAGUCCAAAAUGGCAUUUGUUUGCUAGGAUUAUACUUCGCUUGAUUUCUUUCGUCAUGACGUUCUCCUUGGUGAUCAGGGAGCCUAAGUAUGUGAAUUUGUCCACCACUUCAAAGGUAGAGUUAUCAACCGUGAAUUGGUGACCGAUGUUUCUGGCUCUAUUGAUGGGUGUUGAUGCCAUCAUAUCAGUUUUCUCCUCGUUUAUUCGCAGGCCCAUAUUUUUUGAGGCAUUUGAGAAGGUGGUAUACAUUUCUUCUAGCUUGCGUGUUGUGCGGGCAACUAGGUCCACGUCAUCUGCAUAUGCCAAAAUUUGGGAUGGUGUAUUGAAAAUAUUUCCUCUGUUGUCUAUCUCUGACCGCCUUUUCCAGAGCUAUGUUGAAAAGGAGACAGCCAGUGCACAUUCCUGUCGCAGCCCAACAUGCGUUUCAAACGCCUGUGAUUAUUCGUUCUGUAUUUCGAUUUUGCAAAUAAUUUUACGUUUUGUAGCAUUAACCAAUCUUCUCAGUCUUAUCCUCAUCUACUGUCUAUUUUUUCCCCAUUUGAAGUAUGCAUUACUUGUCGUGUCUGAAUAGGUGGCCUUGAUAUUCAACUACAUGUCAAUCUUUAUUUAUCUUUAUUAAUAUAAAAAUCUAUCUUCCCAUUUUUUCAUGGGACGUGCCGUUUUUACGUAAAAAAUAAAACACAAUGUAUUGAAACUUAUUCGGAAUACUUUGUAAGCGUUAACUUGUUUUAUUUUUUACAUAAAAACGACGCGUAGUAUGUAAAAAGGUCAGAUAGGUAUAUAUGUUUUGUCACAUAUUAACCGAGGAAAUCAAAAAUGAUUUUUAAUUUGAAAUAUGUAGGUAUCUCAAAAAAUAUCUUUAUUUUUCCUUUAAAAAAUUCAGACCAUGACAAGUAUGCACGUCAAUGAUUAAUAUUAAAUUCUUAAUUAUAUGUCAAAAAUUCCCAAUAACUACCUCUAAAAACCCACCAAAUUUCAUUUCCACAUCUCAACCGGUUUUAGAGCAAUAAAUAAAUCAUCAGUUUGUAAGAAAAAAUUCAACACCUGGUACCUACAUAUCCAGGAAACGAAGCAUUUGCGGACAUAGGUUUCUAGAGCAAAUGAUUAUUUUUUCAUGCAGAAUUACCCUUUAAAGUUUGUAAUACCUAUUUAGAAACACCCUGUAUAUCGCCCUUAACGAUGAUUCAUGUUCCAUAAAAUAACAACUAAACUAGAGUGAAAAGUCUUCAGCAUUGUCAUACACCAUCUCAUACAUAACUACGUUUAUUCGAAAAUUUUCGGUAGUAUAUAAUAUAGAAGUUUAUUUUUUAGUAUCAGCCAAAAAUCCACAAACUUUUUUACUGCUAAUAUUGAUAAGACAAGUUUUAUUGUACUUAUAUUAUCUCCGUAGAUUUUUUUUAAUUUUCGUAUCCAAAAACUAGUCUUUAGAAUAAAAUACAUAGGUGCUGAAGUAUAUUGAAUUAUAGCUACAUAAUAAUAAUGUAAAUACCAUAGAACAAUAAAAGUAAUGUAGACAUA